UAUGUCCUCGACAAAAUGACACUGCUAAUUAGAGUAUCGAAACAAGGACAGAGGAAAGCUUUCCAUAAUCCCUUACUGUAUAGGUUUUUAUCGGAGAGCACGGAUUUACGAAAAGGCCCCGAGAGCAAAGAGGGCUGUAGUUGGUUGUACGGAUCGUCGCAGGAAAUUUUAUCCGUAGUGCGUGGGCAUGUUGAAGUUAGACAUAAUUUCAUCAGCGAGGAAGAGGAGAAUGCCCUUUUCAAAGAAGUGGAGACAGGACUUAGAAAACGAUACGAGUUUGACCACUGGGACGACGCUAUUCAUAUGGCUACAGGAAACAGAGCGCUGCAGUGGGGACUUAAGUGUGAAAGUAUCCUAAAGCGUGUGAGAGAGGUAGCUUUUCCUGAAGGCAGUCCACUGCUUGGGCCAAUUCAUGUUCUGGACCUGGACAGAGAGGGCUUGUAUCAAACCAGCAUCGACAGUGUGAAGUUCUGUGGAAGCACCAUUGCAGGACUGAGCCUUUUGUCCGAUAGUGAUGCGAUUGGUCCCGAAAACAAAUCCACAGACUGGGUGGACUUGCUUCUGAGUCAUACCACUUUAUAUAUUGUAAAGGAUGGCCGAUUUAAAUUCACCCAUGAAAUCCUGGAAAGAAGAAGAAUCCUUUUCUCAGGACGGAAGGUACCACGUCAUCGCCGCAUCUCUGUCAUCUGCCAAAACCUGCCUGUUUAA